UUUUAUAGAAAUUUUAAUAUGGCAGAAUCCCAAGUAUUUAGACGACCUGCAUUGCCACUACCUCCUAGAGGUUAUUAUUUAAUUAAUAUUUUUUAAAUUUAUUUUAAAGAUGUUAAACGUCCUCGACUCGACGAAGGAGCACUCGUACCAGUUGAGGGAACAAGAAAUGAAGAAAAUGGUCAACAACGCCCUUCAUCACUUCAAAGUCCCAUAAUGCUUUUAACUGGACAUGAGGGGGAAAUUUUUGGGGCGAGAUUUAGUCAUGAUGGAAAUAUAUUGGCUUCGGUUGGAUUCGAUAUGAAAAUAUUUUUGUGGACUGCUCGUGGAGAAUGUGAGAAUUUUUCAACAAUUACUGGACAUAAAGGAGCAAUUAUGGAUGUACAUUUUAAUACAGAUACAAGGCAAUUUUUUUUUUUUAAUUAUUUUAAGUCUUGCUUCUCAUGGUUUGAGGACUUUUUUAAAAAUUUUUAUAAAUCGAAGAUUUGUCCUCCUUUUUGA